GCUGUCUUCUCUUUCUCUCUCUUGGAAUCCAUCUCCAUCUAUGGUUGCCAUUUUCCUUUCUCUAUAUAUAUCAUCCUCAUCCUGUUCCUCUUCUUAGAAGAAUGCAGCGACUGAAGACUAUGAUGGGGUCCCGCGACUACAUCCAAGCAUUGGAACAUGAACGCCGCAAGAUUCAGGUGUUCUCCAAAGAGCUUCCUCUUUCCUUGGACCUCGUCACACAAGCCAUUGAAGCGUGCAGGCAGCAGUUGUCUGAGACGACGACGGAGUACAACAUGAACGGACACAAUUCGGAGUGUUCGGAGCAGACAACAUCAACCGACAACGGUCCUGUCUUGGAGGAGUUCAUCCCAAUUAAGAAGAGACCGUCAUCUCCACAUGAAGAAGAAGAAGAAGAAGAAGAUGAUGAUGACGAUGAACAACAUUCCCAUCAUCAUCGCCACAAGAUCUCGAAGGAUAACACUGACAAGCGGAAAUCAGAUUGGCUUAGAUCCGUUCAGUUGUGGAAUAAUCCAGAACCCUCAUCACCACCUCAUCAGGAGGUGAACAAUAAGAAAGGUGGUGCGGUGGAAGUGAAGAGAAGUGGAAGUGGUGGUGCUUUUCAGCCAUUUCACAAGGAGAAGGAGGAAAGAGUAGGUGGUGGUGGCGGCAAGGCAAUUGCAAGUGAUGAUCUGAAACCACCGUGUUCCUCCAACAGCAGCAAGAAGGAAGAGAAAGAGGGGCAGAGGAAGCAACGCCGUUGCUGGUCUCAGGAGUUGCACAAACGAUUCUUGCAAGCCCUUCAACAACUUGGAGGCCCUGAUUCUGCCACACCGAAGCAAAUCAGGGAGCUUAUGAAAGUUGAUGGCCUCACUAAUGACGAAGUCAAAAGCCAUUUACAGAAAUACCGGUUACACACUAGAAGACCUAGUGGCAUAGUUCACAACAAUGGCAGUCCACAAACGACGCCGUUUGUCCUAGUAGGCAACAUUUUUGUUCAACCGCCAGAAUAUGCCGCAGCGGCCGUGGCCACGUCAGCAGAUCUAGCACCUGCCGGAAUAUAUGCGCCUGUAGCCACGCAUCCUCCUCCACCUCCUCCCCGGACGGCGGCUGGUUCCACUAGAAGACCGCAGUUGAAGAAAUCAUCAAACCACAUGCGUGAAGAUCAUCAUCAUUCACACUCGGAAGAAGAUAGGGCUAAUCAUUCAAACUCUCCAGCUUCAUCAUCAUCCACACACACCACCACAACUACUUCCCCUGCCUAUUGAUGAGUUUGAUGUAUGUACACAGUUUUGUAACCAAAUUUGGUGUAGAAAUUAAAAUCCUGUGAUAUUUUUGUCUUGACCUUGUUAUGUUAGAAAAAUGUUCUUUACUCC